AUGGAUACUUUGAAAUCCAUGAUAUUUACUUCAUUUUCAUCCUCUUCUUCUUCCUCCUCCUCUGAAGAGGAGUCUGAUGAUGAAUAUAUGAUCACACUUUUAGCAGCUUAUGAGCAGAAUACCAGUCACAAGUAUAUACGCAGAGAUAGAAGGCAAGGUCAUGACAGAUUGUUUGCAGAUUAUUUUGCUGCAAAUCCAGUGUAUUCAACUACAAUAUUUCGGAGACGUUUUCGAAUGCGUCGUCCUUUGUAUUUGCGAAUUUUGAAUGCAAUCGAAGCACACAAUUCAUAUUUUAUUCAAAAACAAGAUGCAGCUCAUGUAGUUGGAUUAUCUGCCCUACAAAAAAUGACUUCAGCGAUGAGAAUAUUAUCAUACGGUAUUGCAGCAGAUGCAGUUAAUGAUUACAUACGUAUUGGGGAAAGCACUGCGAUUCAAAGUUUGCAACAAUUUUGUUAUUCAGUGAUUGAAAUCUUUGGAGUAGAAUAUCUGAGAUCUCCGACACCAACUGACAUUGCUAGGUUACUUGCUAUUGGCGAGGUUCGGGGGUUUCCGGGUAUGUUGGGAAGUUUAGAUUGCAUGCAUUGGGAGUGGAAAAAUUGUCCAAAAGCAUGGCAAGGUCAAUACGUAACUAUUAUUCUUGAAGCAGUAGCUUCUUAUGACUUAUGCAUUUGGCAUGCAUUUUUUGGAAUGUCUAGGUCACACAAUGACUUGAAUGUAUUAGACCGGUCACCUUUGUUUUCUGAUCUUGCCCAAGGUAAGGCUCCCCCUGUCCACUACACUGUUAAUGGACAUAGUUACGAUAUGGGUUAUUACCUUGCUGAUGAGUCUGCCAGGAAAGAUGUAGAGCGGGCAUUCAGAGUCCUCCAAUCUCGAUUCGCAAUUAUAGGUGGUGUUGUACGUUUUUGGGAUCCAAAAAUGCUUGCCAACAUAAUGAAGACUUGCAUUAUAUUACACAAUAUGAUUGUUGAAGAUGAGAGGGAGGAGCACCUUGAUUUUGAUUAUGAAAUUUCAUCUACCAACACACCAGUGCAACUUUCCUCUACUCCUACCAAUGACUUUGAAUCAUUUUUGUCUCGUCAUUUAGGUAUUAGGGAUAAAAAUGCAUAUCAUGCCCUCCGUAAUGAUUUAAUAGAACAUAUGUGGCAUUUUCGCGGUGAAAACUAG